AUUUCAACAUUAUACUAAGCACAUGACACACUAUCACAUUCCCUCAAAGGCUCAAACACACACAUCACCUAAACACACAGACUAGCCUUGACCCUUUAAUGGCGGUGACACAUGCAGAUCUUGCACCAAGUCGUCGAGGAACUGAUAUCGGGAGUAAAACUGGCGUGGCGUUGAUGGUCGUCUCCAUACUGCUUGGCUUGCUUUGCUUCGUUCUUUGUCUUAUUGCUGAGGCGACACGCUCGCAGGUAAUACGAGAGGCAAGUGGAAGUGGUGGAGGGGAAGCGCAUAAGAGCGAUUGUAGAUAUAGUGGCAAUGGUGAAACACCACUAAUUUGUGCGGCAGGUGCAUUUGUAGCCCUUGUGAUCGCUAUGGUGGUGCAACAUACACAUUUGUUGUUAUCUGUUAGUAAAUCGGACCCUGAUCCUAGUUUACUUUUGACUUGGGAUCCUCUCUCAAAUGAUCAUCUCAACACUCUCACUUGGCAAGCUGCAUUUUUCUUCGUUACCACUUGGAUUUGCUUUUCGGUGGGAGAAAUUUUAUUGUUGAUUGGCUUAAGUGUCGAAUCAGGACACUUGAAAGGGUGGUCAACCCCAAGGUCUAGUUGCUUCACUGCACGAGAAGGCUUGUUCUCUUCGGCUGGGGUGUUUGGGAUCACAACAGUCUUUCUUGCAUCUGGGUUGUCUAUGACGGCUUUACGAGCACAAUGGUUAUUACAAGAUCAAGAAAAUGUUCGUCAAGAGGUUAUGCAAUCAUCAAUCCUUUAUGCAUCCCCGCCAAGACCAUCAGAGGAUCGAAUCAUGGCUGUUGGUGGUGAAGCACCAAUUGUUAGACAUGAUCUAUACCAAGAGUCGGGGCUAAUUGAAUAUUUAAGGGCUUUUGAUAAAAUUCUUUAACUUAUUUUUCAUGAUUGGAUGGACAAUAAACUUGUUCAUUAGUAUAUACUUUUUGUGCCGGUAUGCCAUUUCGGCUUUCAUUAUAAGUUAUGACAUUGUACAUUUUGAGCUUA